AUGCCGCCUGCGUUUUCAGUCCCUUCUCGUGAAAAAUGGCGAAAGUACGAACAGGGCUCGAUGGCAAAGCAGCAAGAAUUUAUGGAGAGAUACAGAGAAGACUUUAAGAAAGUCCUUGUCGAAAAUUCAGACGGCAUUCAAGCAGGUGACCAUCUCGUUCUUGAAAGAAAAUAUUAUGUUCAUCAUAUGCUGUGUACCUUCAGCGGAGAUAACCACGUUAUCGUAAUACACUACAGUGGACCUGCUUGGGGUAUCAGUAGAGCGUCGAGAUGCACGUCUUUCAAAGAUGUUGGAGUCAAGGGCGAAAUAGAAGAAAAAAUGUUUUCAUCUGAGAAACUUGUGGAACAACAGGUACGUACUCAGUAGAGAUAAAACCUUUUAACACAAAAAUAUCUUAGGCGCGCGCGUAAUACUACUUCAGUCGCGAAGUUAGAGAUCUUAUUUUACAUUUUUGUGGUCGUGUUCAGAGUUCGUGUGUCAAUCUCCGGCCCGCGUCUGAAGACUAGAGAAAGAAAAUAAAACCUCAUCUAAUAUACGGGUGGAAAUUUGCGUUUUAUAGUCGGCUAGGCUUAUAUGCGUCUCAAAAUCCAUUGGGUUAGCUCAUAGUUGGAGGGACAUUUAUCUUGGUUUUACUGAAACUCACGUAGAUCUUUCUAAAACUCAGCCAUAUAAGUACUUCGUCUAAAUGGACCAAAGAAAUCCAAGCCAAGUCUGAGGAGUGAACUACCGUAUUUAUUCGAAUAAGCGCCCAACCUCGAAUUAGCUCCCACCUCAAAUAAGCGCCCAUCCUAAAGGCAGGAAAAGUUAAUAAGUGCCCAGCCUCGAAUAAGCGCCCACCCCCCCCCCCCCCCCACUCAAACUUAAAUAAGCGACCACCCCCAUCCCACUCCCAAAAAAUUGAAUAAGUACUAAUAAGGGACUUCCCAAAGAUGGAGUUUUCUUCAAGGUAUUUAACAGGAACCUUGCUUUGUUACCUCUUCGCAUUUUGUUAUUACCAUUUAUUGUUUUGUGCAAAAUAAACAUACUACUCUUGCUGAAAAUGUUGAAAAUUUAAUAAGCGCCCAGCCCCAAAUAAGUGCCCACCUCGAAUUAGCGCCCACUCUCAAGGUCCAAAAAUUUAAUAAGUGCCCAGGGCGGUUAAUCGAAUAACGGUACGCAAACAGCAAUAUACUGUGACACUUUUUGACUGCAAUCAUUUGGCACACGUAAUAAAAUUUUUGUGUCACUGUCAAUUUUUCUGUGUUUUAUUUUGAAUUUGAGGGCAAUUUCCGAGUACAAGCCCCGGGGGCUUGUUUUAUCGGAGGGUUUUAUUUUAGGAAUUUUACCGUACUUUAUCAGUAUAUUGUAACACAAAUCGUGUACUCGAAUUGAUAAAUAAUCAGGUAUUAAACUACUGAGGCAAAAAAGGGCGAGCAUGAAAAGAUCGGAAUCACACUUUCCAAUCUCCAUUGCCCUUGAAUUUGUUUAAAUUUGGAUUUUCAAUUUCACUUUCUAUCAUGUUUGAUGCUACUUCUGCGUUGACAAAAUUCUUGAAAUCGUUAUUUUUUUUUUUACGCAGAACUGGUCGCAGAACAAAUCAAAAUGCAUAAUGUUUUGGAGACAAAGCAAGCGUGUAGUCUUGAAAGAGUCACGAUAAAAUUAGAAUUUCUGUAGAGAUUUUGAAUAGUAUUGGAAUACUCCACUCAGCAGUUCAAGACUUAGAAAUUCCGGCAUAUAGUGUGUAUUAUUAAAUGUUUUUCUUACUCUUACAGGUCAAAAAGAUCAUCUGGCCAGCUCAAUUAAAACGCUUUUCCGCGGAGGAAGUGAUCAAGAGAGCUUUCACCAGAUUGGGUGAAAACUGGUAUGACAUUCUAAAGAACAACUGUGAGCAUUUUGUAACUUGGAGCAUGUGUGGGCUGAAAGUAAGCCUUCAAAUAGAACAAUGGUACCUUACAGCACGAGAAGUCGCCUAUUCUGCUUUCACAGGCCUGUAUGACUUUGGUAGAAAUAUAACCAAAGAGAAAGUACUACCCCUACUUAUCAAGCUCCAGGCUAAUGUUUCCGACGAGCUGGCCGUUUUCAUCAAUGAAAAUGCCCUCUAUGUGGGAUAUGGGUUAGCAAUCCUCAUGGAAGCUGGCCUAGCAGGUCAUGAGAUCUACAAAGCAUACACCUAUUGUAAGACUAUCGAAGAGUUUAAAGUCAAGUUCGUUGACAUUGUUGCCAAGGCAGCUUGUCGUUUGGGCUUUGGAAUCGUCGGAUCAUGCAUCGGCACAGCGGUAUGCCCAGCAGCUGCCCCGAUAGCGAGCUUGGUGGGCGGUGCAAUAGGAGCAGGUUUGGGGCAUCUCUUUGGAGCUUUGAUUGGCUGGUGGUAUGAGAAUUCCCCCUACAUGGACGGAUAG